AUGUGUCAUACCCCCAGAGCCAUGUCCGCCUGUGACCCAGCCUCCUUUCAUAGGCCCAGUCACACACAGAGCGCAGUCAAUGAACAGCUGAUCCGAGAGGCCGUGGUGGAGAGACGAGUUGACGCUGCGCUCGUUGCUGUUACAGAGCCAUGUGUGUUUCCCUGCCUGAACGGAGGACAGUGCGUUCAGUCGGAGUCAUGUGACUGCAGCUUGUAUCAGGCCACUGGACACAGAUGUCAGACAGUUCCUAAUCUUGGCUUUGAGAGGGAGAUGACGUGUCGGUCGUGGGGUCAGUACAACUUUGAGACCUUUGACGGCCUCUACUACCACUUCCCCGGCCGCUGCACCUACACUCUGCUGAGGGACUGUGAGGAAACCACCCAGGCCAGCGUCGUCGUCCAGGUCCACAAUGACCCGGGCUGCAGCUCUGCCCCCUACACCUGCCAACGAUCUGUCAGCCUCUUCUUCCCGUGGGACGGCGAGGUUCGGCUGCACGCCACCAACGUGACCUUCAAGGGCCAAAGUCUGCAGCUGCCUCAUCACAUCCACGACCUGCAGCUGGAGCGGAUCUCUCAGUACGUUCUGGUGACGCAGCAACACGGUCUCACGCUGGCAUGGGAGGGACGCAGUGGCUCAGUCUACAUCAAACUCAGCCCGGAGUUUGUGGGCAGAACCUGCGGCCUGUGUGGGAACUUCAACGCAGACGUCCAGGACGACCUGAAGACGAGUUACGGCGUGCUGACACAUGAAAUUGAAAUGUUCGGGAGUAGCUGGGUGGAGACGGAACCGCACGAGGCUCGAUGUCCCAUGGUGCCCUCUGGCUUCUCUUCACCCUGUGCUGCAGUCGAAGCUCAUGUCCUGCUGAAAGUGGAGGAGGUGUGUGCAAUGCUGCUGGAUCCGCCAUUUCAGAGCUGCCACGACUUUGUCAGCCCACUGUCCUACAUGGCCAGCUGCUCCAACGACCUCUGCAUGUCGGGUCCCAACGGUGAUGUGGUAUGCCAGGUGUUCAGCGAGUACACCCGGGCCUGUGCCCAUGCUGACCACCCACUGCACGACUGGAGGCUGCAAAUUCCACAGUGUGCGAAGCAGUGUCCCCUUGGUCUGCAGUACAGGGAAUGCAUCAGCUGCUGCCCGGCGUCCUGUAACCUGGAGCGAACAUGCAUCGACAGCAAGCUGGCCUGCCUGGAUGGAUGCUACUGUCCUGAUGGUCUGAUCUACGAGGACGGAGGCUGUGUGACGCCCGCCGACUGUCCCUGCGAGUACCACGGCAUGUUUUAUCCGUCUGGACAGACACUGCAGGAGGAAUGCAACAACUGCACAUGCGUGGGUGGAGUGUGGAACUGCACCGACUACAGCUGCCCAGGCGAGUGCUCGGUAUCUGGCGAUAUGUAUUUUGAAUCCUUUGACGGGCGGAUCUACAACUUCCCUGCAACAUGUCAGUAUGUCCUCGCCAAGAGUCGCAACUCAGGGAAGUUCACAGUCACCAUCCAGAACACCCCCUGUGGAGCCAAUUUGGACGGGGCCUGCAUCCAAUCAGUUAACCUGCUUAUUGACGAGGAUCCAAGAACGGAGAUUACACUGAGUCACGUCGGCGAGGUCUUCAUGGCCGAACAGUACCGCAUCUCCCUGCCCUAUUCUGACGACAUCUUUCACAUCCAGGAGCUGUCGUCCAUGUUCCUCCAGGUGAAGACGGCGUUCGGCCUGCGUCUGCAGUACAGCUGGAAGGAGUUUCGCCUCUACCUGCAGACCGAUGAGCUGUGGAAGGACGACACGGUGGGCCUGUGCGGCACCUUCAACGGCAACAUUCAAGAUGACUUCCUGUCUCCAUCAGGUAUGAUAGAAAGCACUCCUCAGCUGUUUGGAAACGCCUGGAGAGUCUCGUCGGCCUGUUCGACCAGCCUGAGUACACCUCAGCUCGACCCCUGUGACACACACCAGCAGGCCGUGGCCUAUGCCUCAGAGAUGUGUGACGUGCUGAACCAGGAUCUGUUCUCCGCCUGCCACGAGUACCUCAGCCCGACAUCCUUCCACCAGCAGUGUCGCUCAGACACCUGUAAGUGCGGGACACCUUGCCUCUGCUCUGCGCUGGCCCACUACGCUCGCCACUGCCGCAGAUUCUCCGUCAUCGUUGACUUUCGAUCGCAGAUACCCGACUGUGCGGUCACCUGUCCUGCCACCAUGCAGUAUGGCACCUGCGUGUCAUCCUGCCAGCGCCGCUGCUCCGCCCUCUCCGUCCCGCAGCAUUGUGGGGAGGAGUGUGAGGAGGGCUGCGUCUGCCCGCAGGAAUCCUUCUACAACCAUCGAACGCACACCUGUGUAGACAGACAUGUUGUGUGCAGCUGGCAGCUCUACCAGAACUGCUCAGAGGGGGACGAUGGGCUCCUGUCAGGAAGGGGCGUGGCCUGCGAGCGCACCUGCGAAUCCUACCUUCUCAACCUCACCUGCUCGACACAUGAGCCCUGCGUGGCCGGAUGUGCCUGCCCUCCUGGCUUGCUGAAACAUGGAGACGAGUGCUUUGAACCUGCAUCCUGCCCCUGUCUAUGGAAAGGAAAGGAAUAUUACCCCGGCGACAGAGUCUCCUCCCCGUGCCAUCAGUGUGUUUGCCAGCAUGGGACGUUCCAGUGUGUGUUUCAUCCGUGUCCAUCCAUGUGCAUGGCUUACGGUGACCGCCACUACAGGACGUUUGAUGGGCUCCUGUUUGACUACGUUGGUGCAUGCAAAGUCUAUCUUGUAAAGAGCAGCGCUGAUGUGAUUCUCAGUGUAACAGCCGAGAACAUUGACUGUUUUGACAGCGGAGUCAUCUGCAGGAAAUCUCUGCUGAUCAACAUCGGAAGAUCCUUCGUAGCAUUCGAUGAUGACGCUGGGAAGCCAAAUCCAUCCAGCGUGAUCGACAGGAAACAGAGGAUGUACGUCUGGCCAGCCGGGUACUUCACAGUGGUUCAUUUCCCAGAGGAAGACGUCACCGUCCUCUGGGACCGCAAGACCACCGUCCACAUCCAGGUCGGACCUCGCUGGCAGGGGAAGCUAAGUGGGCUGUGCGGGAACUUUGAUAUGAAGACGGUGAACGAGAUGCGGACACCCGACAACAUCGACUCCCAGACUCCUCAGGAGUUUGGAAACAGCUGGACUGCAGCAGAGUGUGUGAACAGUCCAGAUAUCAGACACCCCUGCAGCCUCAGUCCGCUCAGAGAGCCGUUUGCAAAGCGGCAGUGUGGCGUCCUGCUCAGUGAGGUCUUCCAGGUCUGCCACCCGGUGGUGGACGUUACCUGGUUCUACAUGAACUGCCUGGCAGACACGUGUGCCUGCAGUCGAGGAGGCGACUGUGAGUGUUUCUGCACCAGCGUGGCGGCAUAUGCCCAGCGCUGCUGCCACCAGGGCAUUCCUGUCGACUGGCGCUCCCCGUCUCUGUGCCCGUAUGAUUGUGAAUUCUACAACAAAGUUCUGGGUAAAGGUCCCUUCAGGCUGAUCACAUUCAGAGAUGGGACGAUGCUGUUGGCAGCCAGCAGGUCCAGUGGCUCCGUGUUCCUGCAGCGGGGCAAACCUCAGCGUCCCCGCCGCCCCUGGAGUCUUCUCGCAGUUUAUGAUGACGCCAGGCCUCAGCAGAGCCCGACCACACGAAUCAUUUUGUUCUCAACAGACACAUCGCGGGUUUCCUUUGAGGCGGCCGACAGACCGAACUACUUCCUGUACGCGAGCCCCAGCGGCCAAGUGAGGCUGGCCAAGUGGGAGGAGAGCGAGGCAUUCUGGGACGGAGCCACCUUUGUCCUCCACAGAAACACCUGGAUCCCCGGCUACGACUCGCUGGAGUCCCACGCAAAACCCGGCUUCUUCCUGCACGCCAUACCGGCCCGCCUCCACCUGCUCAAGUACAGACACACCGACAGCUUCCGCAAGGCCACGCUGUUCAGACUGACAGGCCCCAGCCGAGACGCCCCGCCUGGUCCUCUGUGUCAGUGGAGGUACGAUUCCUGUGUCAUCCCCUGCUUCAAGACCUGCAGUGACCCGUCAGCUGAAGCCUGUGUCGCCAUUCCACAAGUGGAGGGCUGCCUUCCUGUCUGCCCCCCUCACAUGGUCCUGGAUGAGGUCACCCGUCGGUGUGUCAAUGUUGAGGACUGCAUUAAGGUCCCAGUUGAUGUGCAGCCUGUAACACCGUCUGCUGCUCAGCUGACCUCUGCAGCUGCCACUUCUGCAACCACCACAAGCACAGCGGCCUCCACCACCCCCCUCCAGGCCAUCACUACCACCACUGCUUCUGCCGUGAGCACACACACAACCUCGUCUAAGGCACCACCUGGCCCUGAUGAGUUUCCCCGUCCAGUCACCGUCUCUCCUUCUGCAGCUCCUGAAGUUCUCAGAACAGCUGAACCCCCGUCUCCUCCAACAGCGCCCCCUGCUGUCAGGCCAGAGGUGGAGGAGCCGCUGUCUACUGUCAGAGUGACUGAAGCCUCGCCCACCACUGUAGCAGGUACAACAGCACGGACGACCAGAGCUGUGGGCUCUACUACCAGCCACUUCAGCCCCAGCACGUCCAGGACGAGCAGUGCUCCCUUCGCCAUCACAGCUCUGUUCUGGGUCUCCUCCUUCACCAAGCCCACCGACCUCCUGCAGCCGCUCUCCACCACCACUGCCACAACCCUGCAUCCAUCUACCACUACAGCACCGACCACAAGCUCUGUGGAAGGGACAACCCCCAUCAGUACCCUUCCGCCUGUUGUUGUCGUGCAGCCAACCGAAGAGACCACAGAGGCUACAACACAUUCAGCAGCAGUCACUCCGAUUGUAACCGCUUCUAGUCCAAGUCCUGCUCCGGUCUCAGAGACAGCUCCAGUUUCAGACAGGACUACUUUACCAAGUACAGCUACUACUGCAGACACCAGCGCUAAACCUGUAACAGUGGCGCGACUUCCCCCAACCACAACUACACCCAUCCCUCCUGGUUUACCAAGCACAGCCUCCUUAACCUCUACACCUCUCCCGACCUCACCACUUGUCGAAACAGGAACUGCAGUCUUUGCCCACAGUCACUUCAGCUAAACCACAGAAUCAGUCACACCAGCUGCACCUUCCAUCACCAGUAAAACAACUGCGUACAUAAGUCCAGAGACAACAAAACCACCUGCUACCACAGAGAAGAUUCUGCACACCACUCCCACUGGGCCGACGACUUCUGCAACAACUGUUCCCGAGUUACCAACGUUAACCCCAAUCCAUGUUGCACCGACUACAACUGCACCAUCAGCUGCUACAGACUGGAAAACAACAACAAAGAAAGUGACCAUACUUGAAUCCACUGUGUCUGAAAUACCUGGAGCUACCACAACAACGGCUGCUCCUCCACCUCUGAAGAUUACCGACACCACGACUGUGUCCACCACCACAACCUAUGCUGAGAGAACCUCCUGGUCUGCUGCCAUCCCAACAGCAGAGACUCAGACCUCAACAUCUAGACCUCCAGAGGUUCCAAAAACAUCCGCCGUGUCCACAGGUCCUCCUAUUACAACAAAACCAACUGUACCGCCAGUUUCUUCUACGGAAACCACUGCUUUUCCACUUUUACCAGCAACAGAGAGCUCCACCCAUCCUGCGUCUACCGUGCAAACCUCCAAGCCGUGGCAUUGGGAGACCUCCUCCACCCCGGCCUACAGUCCCACAGUGAAGACUACGCCAGAGGUCACUUCUGAAACUGUCAUCCACGAAGUCACUUCUACUAAAACUACUGAAGUGCCUCGUCUUCCCGUAACAUCACAGCCGGUUGUCACCUCAGCGACAUCACCUGCUGCCACCACCAAAACUUCAAUGUCUCCUGAAAUCUCAACCGCAGAAAUUGCAGCUACCACAACCAAGAAACUGGCUACACCCCCACGUCCACCUGCGCCUGGUCUUCCUGAGACACUUCUCACCACCGUCUUUACAAGAGCUCCACCAGGUGUUGUCACCACCACUCUCCGUCCCGUCAUCGUACAACCGAUUACAGAGACGACACAUCCAGUGACCGGCAGAGUGGAGGUGUCAACGAGAGCUACAACCAUGCCGCCGCUAUUUUGGUCUGCGCUGCACACAACUACUACUUCCAUCGAGGCUCCAAGGCCAACGACUAUCCAGGACAAAGUCACCACCCGGCUGGUGUCCACUACAAGAGCUACGCCAGCUACAACAACAACUAGCACCACCGCACGGACGACCACUCUCAGAACGACACCCAGAGUUCCCAUGACAACAAGAGUUACCCCCAGAAUCACGUCGACUGAGAGGUCAACCGUCAGGCCAGUCACUGCAAGGGUUACCGUAGCAACAAGGCCCCCAGCAGUAACCACCAGAUCAACCACUCUCGGUCCACCGACUGUCACACCAAGCCCUGUCACGACAAUCACGUCAGGGAUGCCGUCUACAUCUGUCGCAGCAUCUGCUGAGUCCAUCACCACAGCGAGCACGACCGAACGUGCUGACACAACCGCAGUACUUCCCAGCCUGUCCACCGCUACCGCUCCAGCGCCUGUUCCUACUCGAACCACAGUCACAGUAUCUACAGCCGUCCCCACGAUAACCACCAGGGAGUCAGCCACAUCUGAGAAAACCCUGACAACCAAAGAGACUGACGUGUCACCAUCCACAUCCCAACCGGUGACGUCUCCACCCGAUACGCACCUAAUCUCCACCCAGAAGCCCGGUGUUCCCACUCCCGCUACGGCCUCACUCCCAGCAGCCACCUCGGUCCAAACUACUGAGCAAGAUAGAGUUGAUCGCACCAGUCCAGGUGCAAGGACGCCUCCUGCACCAGCGUUGCCGUACACACCACUGGAAACGACCAAACACACAGCAGAGGGUACAACAUCAGUGGCUGUAUCACCUACAAGGAUGUGCAUGCCUCCGUAUGCAGAGAUCGUCGAUGAGUGCACGAAAUACAUCUGCGUCAACAACCAGCUCAUCCUGUUCAACAAAUCCCAGAGCUGCCCCUUUACCUCUGACCCGCCAAACUGCGGCCUGCUCGGCUUUGCCAUUCUCGUCAACGGAGACAAGUGCUGCCCGAAGUGGGACUGUCCAUGUCGCUGCUCUAUGUUUCCGGAUCUGAAUGUGAUCACAUUUGAUGGGAACAGCGUUGCCAUCUACAAGGCCGCCUCAUACAUAAUAACCCAGCUGCCCAAUGAGACCGUCAGUGUCCUGGUUCAGGAGUGUCCUGCCGAUUCAGAGUCAUCACUCCUCUGGAAUUUCACCAACCUGUGUCUGGUGGCACUCAACAUCACACACAACUCCAACCACAUCAUCAUCAACAGGCUGCAGAGGAGGCUCUAUGUCAACUCACGGUAUGCCAAACCUCGAUUCAAAAAGUUUGGCUUUGAGAUCUACGACACAGGCAAUAUGUACCUGAUCCGUAGCCCAGCUGGUCUCAAGCUGCAGUGGUACCACAGCACCGGCAUGAUGGUGAUCGACACCGACAGCUCCAGCAACAAGCUUCACACAAUGGGCCUCUGUGGUUUCUGUGAUGGAGACCCAACAAACGACCUGACUUUGGCCAACGGUACCACACUGGGCGAAAGCGAGGAUCCGGCUAUUUUCAUCGACAGCUGGCAGGUCCCCAACACCACCAGCUACAUCAGCCACAGCCGCCGCCGCGAGCUCAACUGCUCCACCAGCGACUGCUCCGGCUGCCUGCUCAUGCUGCAGAACGACGCCUUCUCCCCCUGCCACGCCUUCGUCCCGCCGAGCACCUUCUGUGAGGUUUGGGUACGAGAUUCCGAGUAUGUCAACAACCAGUGUGUGGCGCUGGCUGCCUACGUGGCUUCUUGCCACAAAUUCAACAUCUGCAUUGAGUGGAGGAGUUCAGAUUACUGCCCCUUCGUGUGUCCCGACACUCUUCGGUAUCAGGCCUGUCUGCCGGCAUGUACGUCUCAGUCCUGCCCCAACCACGACUUCGACUCGGACCCGGACCAGUGUUCAGGCCUGACUGAGGGCUGCGUGUGCACCGAGGGAACGCUCCUGCACCGGCCGUACUCUGCACUCUGCAUCUCACCUGACAAGUGUGCCUGCACUGACAGCUCCGGCGUUCCUCGUGCACACGGCGAGGUGUGGAAAGCAUCGAAGGAUGCCUGCUGCAUGUACCGCUGCGACAACGACUCCAUCAUUCCCGUGGAGUACAACUGCUCCAACAUGGUGGUGCCGACGUGCCGUCGAGCAGGGGAGGUGGUCAUCAGCCUGGCCGACGACACCAGCUGCUGCCCGCAGAAAGCCUGCGUGUGUAACCAGAGCCUGUGUGACCUGCUCCCUCCUGAGUGUAAAUACGGCGAGAAGCUGGUGUCGUACUACCGACAGGACUCCUGCUGUCCAGACUACGUGUGUGAGUGUGAUCCUGAGCUCUGUGAGUCGGACGUUCCCACCUGCAGAGAGGACCAGACUCUGAUCGCCACCAGAGCCGACGGCAGCUGCUGUCUCGCUCACAUUUGCAUGUGUUCUUCCUGUCCGGAGACGCCUCCUCUCUGCCAGGACGGCGAGGUGCUGACGGUGGACAGCAACACCACGGACCGCUGCUGCCCCGCCUACCAAUGUGUGUGUGAGCCCUACAGGUGUCCUCUGCUUGGAUGUCCUGUUGGGAUGUCGGUGGUGUCCGUGUCCAGUCCGAGUCGCUGCUGUCCAAACCAAACAUGCGAGUGUUCAUGUGAAAAGAUCGCCUCCCCAAAAUGUGGCCUGGGAGAGGCUGCCCAGCUGGACCGGGUCUUCCUGUCAGACCCACAGAACCAGUGUGCCUGCAAAAGAUACAAGUGUGUGCGGGAGGCGGUGUGUGUGUUCGGCGAGCGCGGCGUGUUGCGGCCGGGUCAGACUCUGGUGGAGCACCACGACGACGGCUUGUGUCACAGCAGGCAGUGCAGCCGCAGCCUCGACCCAGCGAGCGGCUUCCAUCUGCUGCGCACCAGCAGCAUCAACUGCUCCGCCCACUGCCAACCAAAUCAGAUCUACGUCCCUCCGAAAGACCAGACAACGUGCUGCGGUGUUUGUAAGAAUAUUUCCUGCCUCUACGAACACGACAAUGGGACAACAGUUCUCUAUAAGCCGGGGAAGUCCUGGGUAUCAAACUGCGUGAAGUUCGACUGCGCAGACACUCUGUCCGGACCCACGCUCAUCUCCUACUCCUUCAGCUGCCCACCAUUCAAUGAAACAGAGUGUAUCAAGAUCGGUGGAACCGUUGUAAGUUACAUGGACGGAUGCUGCAAGACAUGCAAAGAAGACGGGAAGUCGUGUCAGAAGGUGACGGUGAGGAUGACCAUCAGGAAGAACGACUGUCGCAGCAACAGGCCGGUGAACAUCGUGUCAUGUGAUGGGAAGUGUCCGUCUGCCAGCAUCUACAACUACAACAUCAACACGUACGCUCGCUUCUGCAAGUGCUGCAGGGAGACGGGGCUGCAGCGGCGCUCCGUGCAACUCUACUGCAGCAGCAACGCCACCUGGGUCAGCUACACCAUCCAGGAGCCCACCGACUGCUCUUGCCAGUGGUCCUAAACAUACACACACACACACACACACACACGAACACACACACACACACGGUGUUCAGAUACAUCCUACAUCCUAUAAAACCACAAAACAAAGAGGAAGAACAAACUUCAGCCAUGUUGCUUUAAGUUGUUGGGAGUGGAAUACUGAGCUGUGAUUGGCAGGACUGACACUUGCUCUUCCAGUUAGUUGUUCUGCUGCCUCUGCUGGCGGGGAGAUGGUACUGCAGGACAAUGAAGGUGACCUUUGACCUCUGAUAUUUACCUUCCCAGGGAAGCAUAAAGUGUCACAAAAAGGCAGAGUGGCCUGCUUCUGAUGACACCAUAUUGUAAGUUUUGUUUUCUGAGAAUUUAGAUUCAUCAGAAUUUUUUUCAAUUACUUAAAAGUUUAAAUUUGUUAAAAGUUUUUCAGUGUAUCAUUUUAAUAUCAGUUAGGGUUGGGCAAUAUUGAAAUUUCCCUACUGACGAUGUUGCCUUAAGAAAAAUGACAAUAUAAGAUAUUAUUGUCCAAAAAAGCUGAAGAGAAACGAAUGUAGAUAUAAACAUCUAAGGACUGGAAACACAUAUAUUGCAAUACAUAAGUGGCCACAAUGUUUAGACAGUUAGCGCUAUUUCACACAAGGACAUGCUAAGAUCAUAAAUCAGAUCAAUCAGCUGGUGACUAGUAACUGUCCUCGCACAGUCUCGCCACUGUUUAUAUGUUGUUAUGUUUGGUCCGGCUGCUCUCUGUGGAGGGAGUCGGUGGUAGUCUAGCGUAUUCUGAAUGGAGAGUUUUAAGAUGAGAGUGGAGAUUUGUGGCGUUUCCAUCUUUUGUCCCGACUUGUUUAUUGCACAGUUUACAAAUCACUUCGUUCCCAUUGUCUGGCUCUCCUUUUUUCGUUUGAUUUAAAACCAAAGAAUCACCAACGACCCCCCCUUUUCCCCCUCAAAUAAGCGUGCAGGAGACCAGAGAGAAAGACGUUGUGUGUUCAGCUUUCACUACUUUUGUAGUUUCUAACUGAAUCUCCGACUUCACUGUUUGUACUUUCACAUAUCUGAUUUAUUUUACCGUUUUUAGCUGCAUAGGAGUCGUGUUUAGUUGCUGCUGAUGAAAACCCAACAUUUCCUGAUUUUGCUGCUUCAUAAUAAAAGCUUUUAAAUAUUAAAA